AUGAGUGGUCCUUCUAGCAUCCUCAGCAGCCUAUGGAGCAUCCUUCGGUACCUGUUUCUCUUAGUCUGGAUCGAACCUUGGACCAAACCACACAUCAACGGUGACACGACACCUGACACCUACGAGGCGUGGUACACUGGACAGUUCGAGUACGAUGCUAUUCAUGGAGUCGAUAAUUGGGUCACGAUAGACCGUCACUCGAGCUACGACUGGCACAUCCUUCGAACACUAAGGCGAGACCUUGAACGAUGCCGACGGAUGGGAGAUGAGAGAGGGUUAUGCAGCCAGCUGAGAGCACAAAGCUCCCGUAAUAUGUGCCGGAUUCUAUCUCCUGCAUUGUACCGGAAAUCAAAGAUACAAACCAAACGACUGAUCCACGACUAUGUGACGGAAGUGCGCCACUGUAUCGCAUACAUCUCAGAUCGGAACGCCCUUACCAAUGGAGUUGCUCCAGUUGUUCCAGCACAAGAGAAGCGCCAAGUUAUCAUUGACAUGCGCACUGCCCUUGGCCGUACGAGUCUGGUGCUUCAAGGAGGUGCUAUGAUCAGUAUGUGUCAUCUUGGGGUGGUCAAAGCACUUUACCUACAGCGGCUGCUUCCUCGGAUCAUUACAGGGACAUCAUCAGGAGCUCUGAUUGCUGCACAUAUAUGCGUGACAAAAGACGAAGACUUGAUUGGCGUACUGGAGGCCACCAACAUCAACCUGGAUGCGUUCCUUCGCUCUCAAGAAAGAUGCGCUGCGAGUGGUCCCGUAUCAUGGUUCAACUCCUCCUUUCUCGCAACCAUCAAACGACGUUAUCAACGCUAUCGAACUUCCCACCACGUAUUCGACAUCGACGUGCUGCACGAAUGCACGCGAGACAAUCUGGGGGAUAUCACAUUUGAAGAGGCGUAUGCAAAGACAGGAAGAAUUUUAAACAUCACCAUCGCCAUGUCCGAGGUAGCGGGAACACCGCAACUCCUAAAUUACCUGACGGCGCCUCACGUACUGGUCCGAUCCGCAGUGGUGGCGUCCAUAGCGACCUCGAAAGCCAUGUACGCUCCUGUUCAUUUACUGUGCAAGAGUGCCACGGGCGAUAUCACUUUGUAUUUUGCUGCCGAUUUCUCGGAGAAGGGCUGUAAUCUGCAUCGACAGGCCUCUGUCCACCCGGAAGCGCCGCUGACACGGAUAGGCGAAUUGUUCAACGUCAAUCACUUCAUUGUGUCUCAGUCCAGACCAUACAUAGCUCCCUUUAUUCAACUACAGAACUUUGCUGACCGUCAUCAACCUCUCGGUAUCCUAGUUCGCUUUGUUUUGGACGAACUGCUGCACUGGCUGCAGGUUAUGAAUCACUUCGGGAUGCUACCAACCUUUCUCCAGCGGGUUUUGAUGGACGAAGUCGUACCAACUCUCGCAUCCUGGUCGAAAUUGUCCAUCACACCGCAACUCGGACUGUGGGAUCUCCUCAGCACAUUUGAUACUCCUACCCCAGAGAAAUUGCAGAAGUGGAGCACUCGAGGUGAGAAGUGCACCUGGCCGUAUAUCUGUGAGCUGAAAGUUAGAUGCGACAUCGAGCUGGAACUUGACGUUGCUUACACGAAUCUCCGCCGGAGAGGAGGAAUGGGAUCGGUUAUCAGGCAUAGAGCAGACCCAUAG